CUAAAUGUCUGGACUAGAAGAUACCACCAACAAGUACAAGCGUACCGCUCUUUAUCUAGUCCGCCGUUUCUUGCAAGACAAUGAUUUAAGUCACACUCUAAAAGCCCUGGAGGACGAGGCUGCUGAUGCUCUUCACAACCUGGAUGGCCUGGUCCCAACCACUACUCGACCACUUGUUGCUAUUCUUGAAGAGAACGAUACUCGGGCUAUCCAGUCUCAAAUGAAUCAACUUGCUAUGCAGGGAUGCAACUUUGAUGUUGAGCUGGAAACUCAGCCUGGUGAACUAGACCUUGCAUUUACAUCUACUCCCCAGACUUACUUUGGCAUCCAUCAAGCAAAUAUUCUUUGUAUAGCUGCUGCAUCUUUACCAGUGUCUAGCUUUCCAGAUGCUCCAUACAUGACACCAUCAUUUUCUGCAUAUGUGACUGGAUCUACAGAUCAGACAAUCAGACUAAGCGAGGCAGAUUCUGGUAAAACCAUUGCAACCCUCACUCAUCAGAAAUCUCCAAUACUGAGUGUCUCGCUGUAUCCAUGCAAUCCAUUGCUUGUUGCUACUACUGGAAUGGACGGUACUCUUCAUCUGGCCAACCUUGCCACUCAGCAAGUAUUAUGUUCCUGGAAGGACCAUUUAAAAUACGUUGCUUGCUCCGCGUUUUCAACGGAUGGUCAAUGGCUUGUUACUGGAUCGCAUGAUCACUCCAUUAAUAUCUACCGACGAUCGUCUACCGAGGACUCUAUCAUGCAACCGCAGUUUACAAAACGCAACACUGUCAACUUUAAAGGAACGGUCGAGUCAGUUUGUUUCCUGCCCUCAAACCCCACCUUGCAAUCUUCAACUCUUAUUGUCGGUGUUCGAGAUAACCACAAUCUGCUCUACAUUGACUUGGAUGCAAACGAAACAUUUGCCAUCACUCCUGUCAACAUGAAUUCCAAUGGUGACACAUGGGUAUCGUUUGUUCCCGUGUGUAUCUCUCCCUCACCUUCUGGACACCAUGUUGCUGUAUAUACCGAUUCUAAAGCUGGCAGAAUUAUCAUUUAUCAAGCACGUACUUCCCGAAUUGUCCAUGAUUUGUGGGGUGUGGAUGCAGAUGGCUUUACUCAAGCUUCUUGCUGCUGGCAUCCAAGUGGUAAAUUUCUGUUUGCCUCCAGCGACGACAAGUCGUGCAUUGUGUACCAUAUUGCCUCUGGAAGAAUUAUCAAUAAGCUAACUGGACAUGAAGGGCUAGUACGCGGUAUUACAUUUGAUGUGGCCGCCAAUGCAUUGGUGUCCUGCUCGUACGAUCGUACUGUACGAGUCUGGCCAUGCGCUUGAUCUUUUCAACUGCUCGAUAAUUGGAACUCUACAUUGAUGUUCCUUUUAAAAAUAAAACAAUUGCCAUCAUU